GGGUGUGCGGCCGAGGCAAAUCCCUUCCCCCCGAGCCUGCUUCACAACAUCAACACGGGUCGGGCCGCGCCGCGCCGAACCGGUUCCGAGCCGCGCUCCGAGCCGGGGAGAGCGGAGGGUGGCCCAGGGGCAGCGCUGCCAAGGGGCCGCCGCCGCCGCCGCUCCCUCCGAGAGUGCGAGCGCAGGAGGGCGGGGAGGGGCGGCCUGGGCACGAACAAAAUGCCGACCGGAAGUGCAGCGGCAGGAAUGACUCCCUCCACCGGCGCCAAACACCAGCAACCUCCCCCUUCCCUCCGCUGCCUCCUCCUCGCCCGAACGCUCCCUCGCUCCACCAGCGCCGCUUCCGCCGCUGCAGCUGGAGGGGCUCCCUUGCCUCGCCUCUCCCAGCAGAGCCUCCCCUGCGUAGCUCCUCUCCCUGCUGCACGACCUUCUCUUUUUUCCCCCUUUUUAAAAAUUUUCUCCCUCUUCCCGGCCUUUUGGUGCGCGGAACGAGACCGAAGUUUAUGCUUAAGCCUCCGCUGAGGAUUUGCGAAGAAGGGAUUCUCUUGGAAAAAAAUACACGUUUUGGUGUUUAUUUUUCUGUCCUGCCUAAGCAUGGUGGAGGAGGACUGCAAAAGGCUGCCUCGCAGGAGGCAGACCUGGAAAGGGCUCUUAAACUGAACCCUCAGAGGCGGCAGCCCCUGGAGGUGGGACACUCGCUGGAGUUACUGUCGCCGCUCAUGCCCUUUCUAUGUGGAUGUGAGAGGCCGCGCCGCAGGAACCGAAACACCCGCUGCUCAAAGCAUUGCCGGGGCGAGGGAUUUCCAGAGAUGGACAUACGAAAAGGGAGUGGCUUUCAAAAACGGGCUUUUUGGACGAGCACCGGGGAAAAUGCUGAUGUUCAGGUGAAAUGUCCUUCGCUGGAGGCUGAGGCUCCACCGCCACUAUAUUUACUCUGGACAUGUGCUGGAAAUUUGCGUCUCAGCAUGGCCACAGGGAUGAAUAGCACUGCAUCUACUUUGUCAGGACUUUAGAAGAUGUGUGGAUGCUCCAUUCGUGAACCAGAAAGCAGUAUAAAUUUAUCACUUAUUUAAUUUCUCACAAACUUGCAAUACUGUGCAUUCUGAAGCACAAAGCCUUUUUAAAAUUUCUGCCUUAACUUUAGACAGGGACAAUAAGUGGUCCAGAAAAUUGAGCUGUUGACCUGGACAAACCCAAAUUAAAUGCAAAUAUAUGUCUCUGGCUAGAUGAUGCAGCUUAAAAAUCAGAUCAAAAUUAUCUAUUUAUGAAAAAAUAUCCUUUUCUGGACCAUGAUGUAUUUAAAUUCCUGGUUUUGAUGUUUACAUUUCUGUAUUUAUCCUCCCACGAUUUUAAAAUACAUAUUCAACUUCUUAAGGUUUCUUAAACAUAAUUCAUCUAUUAAAAGAUGAAUUCACCAUAGGAAAUUUGUGUCUCAAAGGUAUAUGGUUGGAGAAACAACACACUAAGCAUAAGCAGUUUCCUUAAAGCUUAUAGUUUAAGUGGAAAUAAUUUAACAAGUGUGACGAUAAUGAAAGACCACUAGUGUACACAGCAUUGUAAAUUUGUAGUUCUGAAUUAUUAUUGUACAUUUUGUAGGUUUGCCAACUUUUUCUACUGUUGAUUGCAUUCCAGUGCAAGUAGUCAUAUGAAAAAUAAUACAGUGACUCUCUUGAGCAGGCUGUGAUCUCUAUACCUGUGCUACUGCUAGUAUUGUUUUCCAUGCUGGAUUCAAUUUAUUAACAUGGUCUGCCAUGCAUAAAAUUGCUGUUAGAUAAAAUGCAUUACAGCUAAUUGUCAUAGGCAGUGCUCUUCAAAAUCACUGUAAGAAGUAGUUUAACUUUCUAAAAAAAAAAAAAAAGAACCAGUUUCCACAAGAAUAUGGGUGCAUGUCACCACCGAAAACAAAGACACAUGUGGUUGGCACAUGUUUUGUUGGAUAUUUGAGGAUAGGCAUGUGUGAGAAAAAGAGAUGUAAAAUGCCUUAGAAACAGAUGCAGAGAAGACACAGAUACCCAUACACAGGCCUGAGAAAUCACUGGAAAUGCAGCUGUAAGAAAAGCAGAGCAAGAGAGGUUCAAGAUGACUAUCGACCAAGAAGGAGCUGAGACUUUGAGUGAAACAUUCACAUGGUUUCAGAGGAAAAGAAUGUACACACAAUCUUUAUAAACAGAGUGCAUCAAAGCAUCUGAUGCCAUCUCUUUUUUCUGACCAAAGAUACUACACUAACCAAGUCAAAUUAAGUAAGAAUACACUGCCAAUUUUAAUGACAGUUGCUUUCUAAAUAGAUGCAUAAAUUACAAUAACCCAACAGCUUUCAAACUAUGCAUUUCCCUGUCAGGAAAAUAUGUGCAGACAUGCCACAAAAUACUUUAUAUACUUUCAUUCACUAGACUUUUUCCUAAACUUACUCAUUACUUUCUUACCUUCCAUUGCUGUUUCCCCUCUUUUCCAGACUUAAGAAAGCCUUUUGUUUAUUCCAGGCUACACUAGUGAUUACUCUCCUCUGCUUAAAGUGCUUUUCUCCUCCUGCAUUUCCUUGGGCAAUGUUUAUCUUUUCUUUGCCAUUAGGCUGUGUUUUCCCUAUCCUUUUGGAUUGUUUCCUUCUUACUUGCUCCCAAAGGUUAGAGGCAGCAUAUAAAAGUCCUUACUUUAUUUUCCUAUUUUGAUUUUUCUUCAUUGGCAAAAUAAUCCAUUAUGUGAACCUCUAUCUGCUUCACUUAAAGAAUCACUGUCUUAAAAAGAGGAUGUUUCUAUCUAUAUCUAUAUAGAUAGAGUCUAUAAAUCUCUGUCUAUCUCUAUAACAAAUUAUCUUACUGGGUUUAUUUUUUUCUUAUACAUCAUGCUUACAGAAUACCCAAAUGCCCAAAGAAGAAUGCACUCUGAGUAGAAAGUAAAUGAAAAACCAGCUUUGGUGGGAAUGCCAUUUUAAUAGUGUAGAAAAGUAAUUUGCGAUUGAAUAAUGUUUGGAUAAAAAGUUCAGUCAAAUAAGGAAUAAUUUGCUGGCAAA